AGAAAAUGCCCACUCAAUACAGUAGUAGUGUAGAUUAUCAAAAUAAUGGGAAUAAUAAAUUUAAAUUUGAUUCUUUGUCUAAUUCUCCUAAUACUAGAGGGACUGAUCAAUCAAAUAAAUCAAAUAGAGAGUAGAAAUAGAAAAAACAAAAUAGAUCUGUUUAAUGUAGAGGUAGGAGAAAUAAAUAAGUAUUAUUAUCAAAGAAGGAGUAGAAUAUUUGGUCAAUCAAGAUGAAUAAAUUAAAAUUAAGUCCAGCUAAAAAUACUAAAUUGUGGAAUCAUGAAGUAAGAAAUAAAUUUCUAUAUAGAUUGUAAGUGAGAUAAAGUAGUUUCUAUAUCCUCCUAUUUGGAAACCUCCAUCACAUUUAUCAUGAAUUAUAAAUGCUU